AUGGUCCAAUUGUCGUUAUUGUCUGCUUUGGCUCUCGCUGGCGUUAGCCUUGCUGCUCCUAGUGCACGAUCAAAUGUUGGUGUCACCAUCAAGAACCAUUGUGAUGUGGAUUUGGAUGUGUACAAGCUUACCAAUGGCCAUGGCAACACUGAUACGUCGUACAAGUUGUCAUCUGGUGCUUCCAAGACCGUCAAUGUAGAUGCUUCUUGGGCUGGUCGUUUCUGGGCUUGUGGUCCCAAGGAUCCCAAAAAGUGUGACCAUUAUGGAUCACCUGUCUCGCUGGCCGAGUUCAAGUUCAGCGGUUUCCAAGGUGUUGAUUUUUACGACAUCUCCUUUGUGGAUGGUUUCAACUUGCCGGUCAAGAUUAAGCCCAACUACAAGGACCAAGGCGAAUUUGGAAAGUAUGAUUGUGGUGCUGCUACUUGCUCCACACUUCCCUCAUGCCCAGCUGGUCUGGAAUCGGAAGGUGGUGCCUGUAAGAGUGCUUGUGCUGCCUUUGGUACCGAUGAAUUCUGCUGCACUGGUAGCUACAAUGGUCCCGACAAGUGUGCUGCUAGCAAGUACGCUCGUCAUUUCAAGAGUGGAUGUUCCGAUGCUUAUUCAUACGCUUAUGAUGAUGCUGAUAGCACCUUUGGCUGCCGCUCCAAUGGCUACACUGUUACUUUUUGCCCCUAA